UUUUGUUUGAGGUUCGCCGUUACGGUUAUUUCUGAAGUUCUGCGACUGAGGGUUUUGGGGAGGAGUAACCAGAGGUGAGAGGCUGACCAAAGCUUUUCUAUCGAGUAUCAAUGGCGGACGACGAUUACAAUGACCUGGAUAUGGGAUAUGAAGAUGAGCCACCAGAACCCGAGAUGGAGGAAGGGGCUGAAGAAGAAUUGGAUAAUAAUAACAAUGAUGAUGUUCUUGGUGAACCUGUUGAAGCUGAGGAAAAGGAAGAUGAAGAACCUGUUGAACGUGUGCGUAAGACCUCAAAAUUUAUGACAAAGUAUGAACGUGCUAGAAUUCUGGGUACACGUGCACUCCAGAUCAGCAUGAAUGCUCCUGUGAUGGUUGAGUUGGAGGGUGAGACUGAUCCACUUGAGAUUGCAAUGAAGGAGCUUCGUGAGCGAAAGAUACCCUUCACAAUCCGUCGCUACCUGCCAGAUGGAAGCUAUGAGGACUGGGGUGUCGAUGAACUGAUCGUGGAGGACUCGUGGAAGAGGCAAGUUGGCGGCGCUUGAUUGAAUCUUGUUUGGUUGUGUAGCUGACACCGUAUGAAUAGUUUCAACUGCAUAGCGAUUGUGGCACCAUAUUCCCACUUAAGCACCUUGUGAACGAUGCCAUGGUUGUGCUUUUGAUUGACUGCUAUGGUUUUGUUGCAUAACUAUCUAUGAUAUAUUGAAUAGGAAUCACCAUUGACAAACAUUUUUUACUUU